AUGGACGUCCCAAGCGGCGACUCUUGCGGCGAGCGGAAUUCCCGCGACGUGAUUCUUCUCGAUCCCCCAACUUUCUCCUCGGCCUCAGCGUCGCAGGAUCUCGUUCCAGGGCAGGUGGCAAUGGGCGUGAAUGCAUGCAGCGGAAGCCCCGCAGGGCCCCACGGCUUCCCGAUUGUUUCUCACGUGCCAGCGGACGCAGCGGGAUUCACGCCGCCUCCUGCGACUUCCGUGUUCCGAGGAGGAGCCGUGGCGCGGAAAGCCGAGGAAACAGCCGGAUGCAAACGGCAGGACAGCGCCAAGGGAAUCAAGCGAGCCUCGUUCAACUUGCAGCGGAAUACCACGCAUGUGAUCCCGAGUCGGCAAGACCAGGCAGAGGAGGUCUUCAAGGACGAGGCGAGAAGCAAAGAACUCGUGCGCACAGAGCAGCGGCGCUUGAUCGAGCAACAGCUGCGGUUUCAGAGGGCGUGCGACAGCGCACGCUAUCUGGUUCAGUGCCGGCUGAUUCUUCACGAUAAUCCAUCGGAUGCCGUCGCGGGAGGCGAGUCCCCUAACAAGGCGAAGGCGAGAGAGUUCCUCGAGUUGAAAGGUCUCCCUUCCGCCAGAGAAUACGAGGCGCUGGGCGACGAACAGGAAGAAGAAACGACGUUUUUGCUGCGAAGCGCUGUAGGAUUCUUGAAGCCCGAAGAACUCAGCGACGUCGCUCUCGAACGCGAGUCGCUCGGAAAAUGCGGAUACUUUCUCUGCACGCAGCAGAUGCCGACGGGCGCACACAAAAAAGGCCGUCUGUCUCUGGUGCGCCGCUGGCGACUGGAUCCGAGCGUGAUUCGCGUGGUUGACGAGGACGACCUGCUGCUCUUCUGCAGCAGCGAAUGCUAUCACCAGCAUAAGAAGCUCCAGCGUUUCCAAACGGAAGAGCAGCUCUACGCGCGGCCUUUUGUGCGCGAGUGGGUCGGCCGAGUCUCCCUCCGGUCUCGGCGAUACCGCUGGAUGAACGUCGCAGACCCGGCUGUUGCGCCGUCGCGCGAAUCUCCUCCUUACUCCCCAUCCGCGAAGCCUGACGCUCGCCCAGGCCCUACGGCUACACGCUCUCCUGACGACCAGGACGCGGCCGCCGGCGUCUGCGGGCUGCCCGCAGAAGACGCAGCUGCGAGAGCGGCCUCUUCUCCCGCGUCUUUCUUGGCCUCUCACGUGGGCCGUGCUCCCAGCGCCGCGGAGGCGUUAGGGGCAGCCUCUCACGACGAUGAGACUGGAGAGGCUUCGACGCGCGCGUCAGCUGCGCAGGAGCCUGCAGGUCGGGCCUCAGAAGCUUUGGGCGCCUCGCCGUCGAGUGCGCGCGGCGGAGACACGACGAGUUCUGCCGAUUCCGCGGGGACUGCCGGAAGAGGAGAUGGAGAAGAGAGGCACGACCUGCGCAGUCGGACCGCCUGGGAGCCCGUGGCGACCGCGACGCAGGACGCAAGCGCCCAAAACGAGACUAGAAUGGACACGGAGGCCAGAGUGCCAGUGUCAGCGAAGACGAAGACAGUGGGGCGUGCGAUAAAGGUAAGGAUUGAAGACGACGGGGCGAGUUCGUGGAGCGAGAGUGAGGAGGAAUGCGACGGCAAAGCAGGAGAAUUGAGUCAGCAGAAGGGACAAGAGUCCAGCUUUCCCACCUCCGCGGAUGCACCUGCCUCCGAGGGGCGGCGCGCUGACGCGAGCGCGUUGGAAGUGAAGCAUGAACAGUUUAGUUAUGCUGCGUGGGACGAGAAAGCGGCAGCGAGCGACUCUGAGAGGCUUCCUGCAGACAGCUGGCGAGGGCAACUGACCAAACCAGCAAACCUGAUGAACCUGCAGUGGCAUCAACAGCAACGAGACGCGUUGCAUGCGGCAGACCAGGUGCUGUGCUUCAACUACGCCAGCCAGGAGAACGAGGCCGCCUUUCCUCUCAGUGGGACGUGUCCUGCCUCGGCGUCUGGGGCGGGACCAGAGGCGUCUGCAUCUUCAACGCACGAAACGGCUGAGGAAACGCAGCAUUUGCGAGGAAAGUCGCUUGGCGCACAAGGGGCUUCCGUGUGUGGGCGGAGUUCGACAAAGCAUGGCAGAGGCGAUGGCGAAGGAAUAUCCCUGGUCUCUGCUGGCGGAGCCUCCAGCCCCGCUCUUGGGGCCUCGGGGCCUGCGACAGGAGACGGCGCCCAUCCAGGACGUGUGGGAGUCCAUCCUGGAACACCAGCACCUUGUGUCGGUGAUUCAUUGCCGCGGGAACGCGCCGAGGGCUCAAUCCAGAACGCAGCCAGAAGAAGCGCCUCGUCCGAACCCACUGGCGAGAGCGGACGGCCAGGAGGCGACGCGCUGGCGUGCUCUAGCAAAAUUAAGGAACGAGGUCAUGCAGGUUCGGGCUGCGGCGUAGAAAAAACAGUGGAGAAGCAAAAUCCUGAAAACAUAACUCACAUUCGCGACGGCGAACAGGACUGGACAGACGGCUCGGAGGAGGAAGGGGGCGACGACUGGGGCAUCGCCAAAGACCUCAAUGAGUUUCUCGACCUCACGGAUGACGAAGACUGCGACGACAACUUCUACGAUCGCACGCCGUCUGAAGCCUCUUCGAGAAGAGGCACGCCUUCCAUAGGCGACCGGACUGAAGCGAGCUGCGCUGCUGGAGGAGGAACUUCGCAGCCGCCCCGAGCGCUCGUCGGGCGGCGACCGCAUGGCGACGGCGAGGCGGGAGGUGGGAGAGUGAACGCGAAUAAGGCUAGCAUUCACACGCAAGUUGAACCGGCGUUUGGGCACCUGUCGGACCUGUCCAUCGUCUGGGACCUGCUGGGAAACUGGAGCAGAGCCGAAACGCGCGAAUUCUUGCUCCGGCAGAACGGCCUGAGCGACGUGACCUCUCUGGGCGACGCGCACGCGGUGGCACCUUCUGCUCACCCCGCACCUUUCUCAAACACGGAAGCUGCGGCCGAUGAGGCAGAGGAGACCUCGACGAGGGACGCAGCAGAAGCGGCGAAGGCAGACCAAAUUCAGCGGGUGGAGCAGCUCGUUCAGGCGCUCCUGCGGGUGCUGCCGAGGAACCUCGUGGCUCAGUACAGCGGGAUCCUCGUGGAGUUGUGCGGGACUUUCCGCAUCCAAAGGGCGGCACCUCCGAUGCGACCUGCCCUUUGCCGAGCGUUUCUAGCGAUUCUUCUAGUUGGCCUUCAGCGGACUUCCUGGGCAAUGUCGUCGCACAUUAGCGGAAGAGCGAACCCCGGUGUGGGGCUGGAAGAGAUGCCUCAGUCGAAGAUGAUCGUCCCCAACAUGGCGGCCAUUCAAGCGUGGCUGUGCACUCAAGAGCGCGGAGGCGGCGAUGACGAGGGGCUGCGGGAAUUCGUUUUUUCAGCCUUCUUUGCCGAGGCGACAAAGCGAGGUGAAACGGCCAGCGCGGCUGGCGGGACCGAAACAGAAGGAGGUGUGGCGGUUUCGCGUGCCUCAGACACGGCACAGCGAGCACGGCGUACAGCCUCUCCAAGUCGGCGGUCCACCGAAGUCAUGGCGGCGAGGGGCGCCAGACCUAGCGUCGUCUCCAGUACGGGCGCGCGACAUCCCGGGGGCGAGACGUCAGUGGAAAGCGAGAGAUUCAGGAAGCACACAGGGCAGGCGGAGGGCGGAGCAAGCACCGCGACAACAGAGCCGCACGCCAGGCGCAGUCGACAGGAGUCGCCGACUUGGUGGUGGGUUGAGAAGAGCCUUGAGCUGCUGCUGAAUCCAGUGACGGAUGCGUGA